AUGGAUGAAAGCUCAUCAGUUCAGCAGGACUCUUUUCAGCUCGCUCUCCAGCCGGUUCAAAGUGAAGAAUCCAAGCCUUUCAGUCAUCAGUGGCCCAAGGUUCUGUGGGUUCUGUUUGUGUUCUCCAUCAUCGGUGCGUUCAUUGGGUUGGGGUUCUUCUUCUGGCAUCAGGCGUCUCUGAAUAACCAAGAUCCGCUCCCCUGCCUCUCCUCGGCGUGUUUAAGGGUAGCGGAGCGCUUCUCCUCAGUGACGGACCCUUUCUCCAGGCCCUGUGAUUAUUACCUGUUCAGCUGCGGGACUGAAACCUCGUACCCGAGCAGAGGGAGACAUCGGGGCAGGGUCGUCUCCCGGGACUCCAGCAGGAGGUACGAAGCCAGGCCGGCAGAGAGGACGGACAGGGACGACCCUCCUGACCGGUUACCGGACAGACUGACCGCAUUGCUCCGUGGAAUGAAGGAGAUCCUGGAGUCUCCAAUGAGAAAUAUUUCCAACAGCAGUGCCAAGCAGAAAGCUCAGACGUUCUACCGAACCUGCCUGGACUCCGACUCCGAGAGGACGGACAGCGCGGAACGGUUCCUCACACUGAUUCAGCAGUUGGGUGGCUGGCCUGUAUCUCCCAACUGGAACCAGUCAGAUUUUAACUCCACGCUGGCGCUUUUGAUGGCGCGGUACAACACCUUCCCGUUCUUUAGUGUGUACGUGGGCCCUGACCAGACUGGGAGCCAGCGCUACAUACAGAUCGAUCAACCAGAUUUUCAGUUCCCUAUAGACUGGAACAGCCAAACACUCAGAUCCAAAAUUAAUUUGCAGUCCGUGCGUCCGUUCUUCUCGUUCUGCCGGCAGCUCCUGACCCUGUUGAACGUUUCCUCCAGCAGCACCAUCCAGCACUGCGGCCUGCACGUGUCUCUGAGUUCCACCCUGGUUACCAACACGUCAACGCUGCAGCACCGCCUCCACCAAAACCAUCUGUACCAGAGAGUCACGGUGCAGGAGCUGGAGGUUCUGGCCCCCAGUAUUGAUUGGCUCGGCUGCUUUCAGGCUCUCUUUCACCCGAAUCCUGUCAGUCGGUCCGAUGUGGUUCUACUGCAGAACCGUCAAUAUAUCGUUCACAUGUCCCGGACCAUCACUGAAUGGAAACGUAAAUAUGAAACCAUCUGCAGUUACCCUCUCCACACGUAUAUGAUGCUGACGCUCCUGCAGACCCUCAUUCCUGUCAUGGACUCCAGCUUCAUCCAGACCAUGAAGAACUUCUCUGUAGCCAUAGACAGUGAGAAUGAGGAGGUUUCUCACUGGAGACACUGUGUUCUGCAGACUGUGAAAGGGUUCGACACGUUAUUUCAUCAUCUGCUCAAGGAAGAAUAUGAAACAGAACAGGCUGAGGAGAUGCUGCGUGAUAUUUACUCCUCCUUCAGGACUAAACUAACCAGCCUAAAGUGGAGGGAUAAACAGACGGAGGAUUUUGUCUUAAAUAAGGUCACGUUUCUCACGCCGAGACUCUCCACUCACGACCAGUUCCUGGGUCAGAUGAGACUGGACGAGCACUACGCAGAGGUGGAAAUGAGUGAGGAGGACUUCUUCUCCAACUACCUGCAGCUGCUGGUUCUUCAGCAGAGGUGGAGGAACCGACUCUUUUCUCCUGAUCCACAACCUGACGUACUCUCCAUCAGUCCGUUCAUCAGCUCUAAUUACCUGAUCAUUCCAGUAGGGAUGUUUGUGUCACCCAUGUUUCAUUCCUCCUACCCAAGAGCCGUGAACUAUGCGAUGUUGGGAACCUUGAUAGCGAAAGAUCUUCUUCAUCUGCUGCUCCCUGACAUCCUUUCUCAGUCGGAGAGUCCUAAGCUGGAGAGCGCCUGCGCCUGGUCGCACUACCUAAGAGCGACGGACGGGUCGUCGUCUCUGUCUCUGUCCCAGCAGCAGGAGUUGUGGGUUCACUACUCGGCUCUGCAGAUCUCCCUGCAUUCGUACAAUGAGAGUCUGCAAAGGGAUUCGAGAGACACCUCAGUGUCGGGACUCUCUCACCUUCAUCUGUUCAUCACCUCCUUCACUCAGGCGAGCUGCAGCUUUGACUCGGAAAGUACCCUCAUGCCCUUCAGACCCUCCUUCCUGGUGACCGUGCUGUGUUCCAGUGCUGCUCUCUGUCCCAAACCACUCACGUGUACUGACAGAUCCAAGUCCCACCGUCCUCCAGAAUGCUAGUGCAGAGCCGUGCUGGCCUGCAGUCCCUCAGCUUACAGUAGAGCCGGCGAGUGGACCGAACUGACCUACCCAUACACCCCGGAUAAAACGCAAUGCUGCAGUAAAGUCUGAUGACUUCUGGGUGGAUGUGAGGAACUAAAGCUGCUGAAGGGGUCUCCAGUUGGUAUAACGGAUCAUGGAUCAUCUCCCCGCGGUUCGGGACGCGCGUGAACCGCAGAUUCAUCAGUUCAGCCACAACGCAACAGUGUGGAGUUCUACUCAAGUCCAGAAGGGCCAUGUUUUAUUCAUCUCAUGAUCUUAAGAUACCAAACGUUGUUUCCCUUGAGAUCACAACGUAUUUUUCUGUGUUUUUGCGAAAACAAUGACGAACACCAAGGCCGGGUUUGUACUGAUGAGAGCCAGUGGAUUAAAUUAAACACUCCAAAUACACUAUACUGCCAAAAGUAUUCGCUCGUCUGCCUUCACACACAUGUGAACCUGAGUGACUCAAUCCAUAGGGUUUAAUAUGAUGUCGGCUCAUCCUUUGCAGCUAUAACAGCUUCAACUCUUCUGGGAAGGCUUUCCACAAGGUUUAGGAGUGUGUUUAUGGGAAUUUUUGACCGUUCUUCCAGAAGCGCAUUUUGUGAGGUCAGACACUGAUGUUGGACGAGAAGGCCCGGCUCACAGUCUCCGCUCUAAUUCAUCCCAAAGGUGUUCUAUCUAUCGGGUUGAGGUCAGGACUCUGUGCAGGCUAGUCAAGUUCUUCCACACCAGACUGGCUCAUCCACGUCUUUAUGGACCUUGUGCUUUGUGCACUGGUGCGCAGUCAUGUUGGAACAGGAAGGGGCCAUCCCCAAACUGUUCCCACAAAGUUGGGAGCAUGAAAUUGUCCAGAAUCUCUUGGUGUGCUGAAACAUUAAGAGUUCCUUUCACUGGAACUAAGGGGUCGAGCCCGACUCCUGAAAAACACCCCCACACCAUGAUCCCCCUCCACCACACUUUACACUCGGCACAAUACAGUCAGACAGGUACCGUUCUCCUGGCAACCGCCAAACCCAGACCCGUCCAUCGGAUCACCAGACGGACAAGCGUGAUUCUAGAGUCCAGUGGCGGCGUGCUUUACACCACUGCCUCCGACGCUUUGCAUUGCGCUCGGUGAUGUCAGGCUUGGAUGCAGCUGCUCAGCCAUGGAAACCCGUUCCAUGAAGCUCUACACUCUGUUCCUCAGCUGAUCUGAAGGCCACAUGAAGUUUGGAGGUGUGUAGUGAUGGACUCUGCAGAAAGUUGGUGACCUCUGCGCACUACGUUCCUCAGCAUCCGCUGACCCGCUCUGUCAUUUUACGUGGUAACACUUGGUGGAUGAGUUGCUGUCGUUCCCAAUCGCUUCCACUUUGUUAUAAUAGCACUGACAGUCGACUGUGGAAUAUUUAGUAGUGAGAAAAUUUCACCACUGGACUUGUUGCUCAGGUGGCAUCACGGUGCCACGCUGGAAUUCACUGAGUUCCAGAGAGUGACCCGUUCUUUCACUAAUGUGUGUAGAAACAGUCUGCAUGCCGAGGUGCUCGGUUUUAUACACCUGUGGCCAUAGAAGUGAUUGGAACACCUGAAUUCAAUUAUUUGGAUGGGUGAGUGAAUACUUUUGGCAAUAUAGCGUAUGUCACAAUACAUGAAAGAAACUAAAAAAUUAAGGUUUUUUUAUUUAUAGGUGACAACUGGGUUUUUUUAUUGUUUAGGACUAAACGCUAAAUGGAAAAUAAUAAAUAAAUGCUUUCUGGACUUCUGUAGGAAUACAUUUUAACUCCUGAAGGUACUUUUUAUAUUAAUAGUUUUUUAAACUUCGACGCUGACUUGCAGUAGGAACAUACAGACUGAGCACCAUGAGAGCCAGACGAAGAGAUUUCACACUUGUGUGUACGUGGAGAACAGAAGUUAUAUAUGUUAUAUUCGUGUGAGGCGUGGAAGCCUCAUGUGGACACGGGCUGAGUGUUAAAAGGAGACAUUUUCAAGCAAGGCAACCUCAGAACGAUGGAUUCGAAUCCUGACUUUUAUUAUGUAACUUUAUGAAAGGGAAAGACGGAGCGCCGCUCUCAACCGUUACCUCACAGACAGACUGUGUCAAAUAAAAGUCACCAAUAUAAAUGAAGCGGGAACACAAAAUACUUUUAAACUGCACACAUAAAUUACUCUCACAUUGUCUUUCUUUUUUAUAUUUUUGAUAUUUCUUUUUAUAAAUUUGUGACGUAAAAUCCAUGAGUUUUAUGAUCUGUUAAAUCAAGCUUGUCUGUCCCUGAUGUGUAAAUUGAGAAAACUCUGGAGAUUUGUUAGAUUUAAAAAGCUUGUUUUUAUUGUUUUUUUGUGUAAAAAAUGUAGUGUUUUAAAUUGUGCAUAUUAUUAAGUA